UGGAGUGGAAUAUUGGUGAGGCAGUUUAGAAGAGGCUUAGACUCAUGUUGAACCACAACGGCAAGGCAUCAUGAGCGAGGCGUCAGUUAACAUUCAGGGGGACUCGGACUCGGAUAAGGUCAAAUUGAAAAAGAACCUCGGCCUACACAACGGAGUCGCCAUCAUCGUCGGCGUCAUCGUCGGAAGUGGAAUCUUCGUUUCGCCAAAAGGGGUCCUGCUGCAAUCUGGAAGCAUUUUCGGGUCUCUCGUCAUCUGGACGUUAUGUGGUGUCAUAUCAUUGAUAGGAUCGUUGUGUUAUGCUGAGCUAGGCACGUGCAUCCUCAAAUCGGGAGCUGACUACGCCUAUAUAAACGAAGCCUUCGGACCAUUGCCAGCAUUUUUGUAUUUAUGGGUUGCAUUGCUGGUAAUCGUGCCCGUCGGGAAUGCUAUUACCGCUUUGACUUUUGCCAACUAUAUUCUGCAACCCUUCUUUCCGGAUUGCGUCAUCCCCGACAGCGCGGUUCGACUGGUGGCCGCAUUAUGCAUAGGUCUCCUAACUUUCAUUAACUGUGCGAAUGUAAAAUGGGCCACGCGGGUGCAAGACAUCUUCACCGUGACCAAGGUCUUGGCGUUAAUCGUUAUCAUAAUCACAGGGUUCGUGCAAAUGGGUUUCGGAAAAACACAGAAUUUCCGCGAUCCCUUCGAAGGUUCGUCCAGCGAGCCUGCGUCCUAUGCCGUGGCAUUUUAUUCCGGACUUUUCUCCUACGCAGGAUGGAACUACCUCAACUUUGUCACGGAGGAACUCAAGGAGCCGCACAAAAACCUGCCACGAGCGAUCUGGAUCUCGAUGCCCCUUGUAACCACGAUCUACGUACUUGCAAAUGUCGCCUACUUCACUGUACUAACACCCCAGGAGCUAUUGGAUUCGAACGCCGUAGCAGUGAGCUUUGCCGACAAAACUCUUGGUGUGAUGGCCUGGGUCAUGCCGAUAUUUGUGGCUUGUUCAACAUUUGGAGGUCUUAAUGGAGCAAUAUUUGCAUCAGCAAGGUUGUUUUUCGUUGGUGCUAGACAGGGCCACCUCCCAGAUGCUUUGGCGCUUAUCAACGUUAAGCUUUUCACGCCUAUACCCGCCUUGAUAUUUGGGUGCUGUUGUUCUCUUGUCUAUCUGUGCACAAGCGACGUAUAUAAGCUUAUCAACUACACCAGCUUCGUGGAAUCCUCCUUCAUUGGGCUUUCAAUCCUUGGGUUACUCUACUUGCGCUGGAAGCGACCCGACCUCUAUCGGCCAAUUAAGAUCAACUUGACGUUUCCCAUCAUCUUUAUGUUCAUAUGUGUCUUCCUGGUCCUAUUCCCGCUGUUUGGCUCUCCCCUGGAAUGUAUUAUUGGUAUGGGUAUAGUGGCCUCAGGCAUCCCAGUCUAUCUCAUCGGAGUACGAUGGAGGAACAAACCAAAAUUUAUCAAGAAAUCUAUAGUGAAUUUCACCAUCCGCUCCCAGAAAUUACUCUAUGCCGUAACAGAGGAAGGCUCCAGUGCGCCAACAAGUGAAGACAAAACAGACUGAGCAUCGAGCGAGGAUGGCGCGUGCAAACAUCAUGACGAAACGAUCUUCUUGUGCCGUUUUUGGGUAUUAUGUAUAUAGGAUUUGCUCGAAAUCCAGGUGCCCAGUUGAUGACCGCACCACUGAGCUUGGGAAAAAGAUUUCCGUUAGCAUUAGACCACCCAUCCUUUCUCAAACUGAUCUUGAGGGGUGUACUGCACACCUUUCACCCCUCAAUGUCAACACUCGCAAAAGGUCGGAUAGGUCCACUGUUACUGGAAAGCUAUUUUCGAUGCCAAUUGGUAUUUCGCGCCGUGAAAAUAGUCUGGAGCAGGUGGGAGAUGGCAAAGAUAGUUUUUAGGCCUCUUGGAAGAAAACUGGAACAAGAAAACAUAGGAUCGUAGAUGGUCCAGACUUUCAACUCAACAGCGAUUGCCUCUUGCCCUAUACUCGAUAACUUCAUUUGUAGCUACAACAAGGAAAGAAAUUCCCGGCAUUAGUGGGAAAACUAAGCUGUAGUGAAGAAGUGCAGCAGCAGAGGUGAAUGCUACCUGGAUGGCUUAUUGUAUAUCAAUCAUUUAUGCAUGCCAAAUGUAUCAUAAAAGUAUAUGCGUAGAUGGUAUAUACAUGUAUGUAUCUGGCCAAAGGUUUUGCCCGUCUGGUGUCACGCCGACCUCUUAUACUAGUAACCUACCUGGCAGGAGCCAGGUAGGUUACUAGUAGAUUAGGUGUUUCUUUUAUCUCACAGCACAUUGCAACUGAUCAUACCUACAAGUUUCACCCCAAGCUGCUGCCUAUAGUCCUUAAGUGUAUAGUUACUGUGACCGCUAUGCCACCAAAUGACCGUGUGGUUUCGGGGAAGACAACUCUUCCGCUGACAAAACAUUACACUCAUGUCUCACCAUAAAGGUUGUGUUUACAUUGGAUUCACGAUGUCACAUGUCACAUCACGUGACUUGACACGAGCAUGUCCGUUCAUCAUCCUCCUCCUCCUCCUCCUCGUCUGUGGCAUGAUUUUGACUAAUUUUGCGCUGUGCGCAGAUGCUCCCAUGACUUGAAUGGCUCGAAUAUUACAUCAAAUGACCUUGGUUGGAAAAAAAAUUACCUUUUCGAUGUUCAUGUCAUGGGUGACACCGAAAAGCCUAUGUAAACCAAGUCGUACAAACCCAGAUUAUACUGAUAUUAUGUGUACAUGAACGACUGUGUAUCGUUGUAUUAUAAAUUGGUAGAAAAAUAAUAAUUUGUAAGUGUGACCUUCAGGUGCCUCAGAAAACGUGGUUUAUUCUUGUGCGUUGUUUUACAUACUUCCACACUGUACUGUUUACACACACUGUCUGGUAGUAGAGUAGGCCUAAUUAGAACGUACACUGUACCACAGUAAGACGAAAAUUUGAUAUAGGUGUAUUUAUUGGUCUGGACACCAUCGUGGUCUGGACCACAGCCUGUUGAAAUUUGUAUGCAAUCAAAUCAUUUACAUAUUAAUUGAAGUCACAAAUUUAAUUUCGAAUUUUAGCCUUGCUAUUAAAGGCUUACCUUUGAUAGAAAGGAAUGACGGUAUGAGCUGUUUUUAAAUUCUUUUAUACAAGCAUAAAAUAAGCUGCUGAGAAGUUGCCGUUAUUGUAGACAGUUGUUUUUUCACUUGGCCUGAUGGCAAUUGCCUACACGACCAUUUCAUGUAUUUUAUUUGAAGAAGAACAGAAGCAAACUUCGUGCUGAAUAUAUCCUUUUUCUGCAGGUUUAAAAUAAUACAAAAACAUAUGUCUGAACGCAUGCGCAAGAAUGAGGUCUCACUUCACAGGUUACAGUUUCAUAAGUCCGCUGUGCACAAUCAAUUUAGCUAAUCUGGCGACAUCUAACUUUCCCAGUCGCUCCGAAUAUAAUCAAAUAUUCUCAGUGAUGGCUUUAAUGACACCAUUUUACCUCAGGUAAAAGAUUGGACGUCCACAACUCUUUCCCAGCCAACGAUAUAACAGUCAUCUUUGCAAGUGGAAGAUACUUUAAUAAACAAUGCAGUAGAUACGAUAGAGGAUGUCUUUCUGCGAACUAAA